CUGUGUGACCGUCUAGAUGGCGAACCGUGCGAUGCUGACCGCCCCGGUGCUGCUGGUGCUGCUGCCGCUCGCCCUGGCCGGGUGCCCGUGUCCGCCCGCGCCCGCCGCCUCCAAGGUGUGCGGCUCCAACUUCGUCACAUACGACAGCCAGUGCCACCUGGACUGCGCCGCCCUGCCCGGUCUGUCCGUCGCCUACCCCGGGCCGUGCUCACUCAGGAAGUCGAUGUCCCGCCUGAACGUCACCCUCCCCAGCGCCCCGGCGGUCCCGGUGGACCCGCGGCGGCGCACCUCCGCCCGCUCAGCGUGGGACGACUUGCAGGAGUAUACAGCGUGCACGGCAACGAACCAAUGUCCUGGCCAAAGCUGCCAGCCCGCUUGCGGCACCAGCGACACUUGCAAGACGAAGUGCGAGACGAACUGCGAGUGCAACUGCCUCAAGAUGCCCGGCAGCGACGCCAACCCAGACAACGCCAAACUUCUAAACGACUGCAUCGCCGAGAAGCAAUGCUUCUCUACCAUGACUACCUGUAACUUCAAGUGCAAGCCGAGUGACCAGGAAUGCAUGGCCUCGUGUACUAUGGACUUCAUGAAGUGCGGGUGCGAGUGCAACCGCCUGGGCAGCGGCAGCGGCGGUGGAGGCGGCAGCGGUGGGGGCAACGACGACAAGAAGGGGGGCUCCGCCCCGGGGGCCAGGCUCGGCGCCACCACCGCCGUGGCGUUGACGGCGACCUGGCUGGCGCGGGCCCUGGCGGCGGCAGCCUGGUGAGCCGGACGGAACGGUCUGAGUGAAUUCAUAUAAGUCUCUAAGAAAAGACACGCAAUAAACGUCAAACAAAAAUGAA